GCUCCUCCCCCUCUGUCUCGUCAUCACUGUACGGAACUGCGCUCUGAUCAUCACAGAAUAUUACAGAUAUUAAAUCUGUCAGAUCUAAACAACGGAUCAAACUAAGAAUAGAGAUCGUCUGUGGAAGUGACAGCUUUGUUUUGUGGAUCAUUUGAAGGUACCGUAUAUAAAUCUCUGCACCUGAUGCCCAUCUGCGCUGCCAGCGUCCCGCUCCAGUGACCCACAAUGAAAGCUCUGAUCCUGGUUGGUGGCUAUGGCACGAGGUUACGGCCGCUCACUCUCACCGUGCCCAAACCUCUGGUGGAGUUCUGCAACAAACCCAUCCUGCUCCAUCAAGUGGAGGCUCUGGUCAAGGCUGGAGUCCGUCAUGUGAUUUUGGCAGUGAGCUACAUGUCUGAGCUGUUGGAGCGAGAGAUGAGAGCUCAGGAGCAGAGGCUUGGAAUAAAAAUCUCCCUUUCACAUGAGAAGGAACCUUUAGGCACUGCUGGUCCUCUGGCUUUGGCGCGAGAGCUGCUGACCGAUAACGAGGAGCCUUUCUUCGUCCUCAACAGUGAUGUUAUCUGUGAUUUUCCCUUCGAAGACAUGCUGAAGUUCCACCAGCAGCACGGCAGAGAGGGAACCAUUGUUGUGACAAAAGUGGAAGAGCCAUCUAAGUAUGGUGUGGUGGUGUAUGAAGGAGACACCGGACGAAUACACCGUUUUGUGGAGAAACCUCAAGUGUUUGUCUCCAACAAAAUCAAUGCUGGGAUGUACAUCUUCAGCCCUGCCAUGCUGAAAAGAAUCCAGUUGCGGCCCACUUCCAUUGAGAAGGAAAUAUUUCCUGUGAUGGCUGAGGAGGGACACCUUUAUGCCAUGGAGCUGCAAGGUUUCUGGAUGGACAUUGGCCAGCCCAAAGACUUCCUGACAGGCAUGUGCAUGUACCUGCAGUCUGUACGGCAGCAGGCCCCCGAGCGGCUCCGUACCGGGCCAGGCUUCCUCGGAAACGUUCUUGUGGACCCAACAGCGGUGAUCGGUGAAAACUGUACCAUCGGGCCCAAUGUGACAAUCGGAGCCGGAGUGGUUCUGGAGGACGGUGUGAGAGUCAAGCGCUGUACCGUCCUGAAGGGGGCACACAUACGCUCCCACUCCUGGCUGGAGUCCUGCAUCGUGGGAUGGAGCUCUUCAGUGGGGCAGUGGGUGCGGAUGGAGAAUGUAACAGUCCUGGGUGAAGACGUGAUCGUGAACGAUGAGCUCUACAUCAACGGUGCCAAUGUUCUGCCUCAUAAAUCCAUCGCAGACUCUGUUCCUGAGCCGCGGAUCAUCAUGUGAAGCCCCUCACAAAGUGCCCCGAGUGUGUAAUCGCUGGAUGACAGGAGAAUCGACCACUGUGCUUUUAGGAGCGUGAUGGGAAUGGUGUUAUUUGUGAAGAAUCUGAAGUAUGCAGUUACUGACUGUGGUUUUUUAGAAAGUGCUGCUGCAGGAAAAAUCACAUCUAUAGUAGAUGAUCUCCAGCUAAAAGGCUGCACCACACAUUUCUACCCUGUCAAGUGCUUUUUUUGAUGAUUUCCCUCUGUCUGCAUUGUGUUCCCUAUUACUGACAAUUAGACUAGGACUCACCUUGCUUUUGUGCAUUUUGUUGAUUUUGAGACAGUAGUAAACUGUCUAGUUUGUAUUAUUUUCAUUGUGUUUUUCCAUUUAUAAACAGGGGCAUGUAAAGCUUUCAGGAUAAAACUUGGUGCCUGUAGAAAGAAUGAGAAGUAUGUUUAUGUAUCAGAUGAUGCAAAAGCUGAUUACUGUAAAGUUGUAGUGUGUACUAAAUUAUGCAAAGCAUUUUUCAUUCAUCGCUCAAGGAAAUGUGAUGGUUACUAUC